UUAUAGGUGGAUUGAUGGUAAACUGGCGGCGUAAUAAAGAUUUAUUACCUGGCGGGAUUUCUUUAUUACGGUAGAUGCUACUGUAAGGACUUGGCACGAAAUAGGACAACCCAAAAAUGCAGCAGCAAUCAGUAAUGGAAGAGGGAACGGCUUACGAGCCACCCACCUACAGCUAUGAUGAGACCUUCCCGGUUCUUCCGGAGUCGGCCAGCCCUAUCUCCAGCAGCCCCAACCCCCUGGCCAUAAAAAACAACAGUAUGCGUGUCGGCUGUUCUGCUGUCACGCAGGUGUUCCACGUACCUGUGGAAGAGCGGAAAUUCGAUCAUAGUGAUAAAUUUGGAGAAGGCGAAUCUGUGAGGACAUGCCUCACUAUUAUGAAGGAGAGCGGGGCUCACAUCGAGAUCUCAGCCUCCAAAGAUCAGUCUUUGACAUUUCUAGUUACUGGCAAGCAAAACGAGGUUCUAGAAGCUCGACGUCGUAUUCUUACCACGUUCCAAACUCAGGCAAAUAAACAAAUUAGCAUCCCUAAGGAGCAUCAUCGAUGGAUCCUUGGUAAACUGGGACAGAGAUUGAAGGAUUUAGAAAAAACUACAGCUACUAAGAUUCAAAUACCAUCGGUACAGGAUCAGUCAGACAUUAUUACCAUUACUGGUACCAAGGAAGGGAUUGAGAAAGCUGAGCAUGAAAUCAAAGUUAUUUCUGACGAACAGUCAAGAAAAGCAUUUGAAAGGGUUAUUGUGCCAAAAAUAUAUCAUCCUUUCAUCUAUGGUGCCCAUAAUGAAAAUUUGAAUGCUAUGAUUGCUGAGACUGGUGCGCGUAUCAACAUUCCUCCUCAGUCGGUGCAAAAAGAUGAAAUAACGAUCGCUGGUGAAAAAGAAGGCGUAUUAGCUGCUAAGGAAAAGAUUGAAGCUAUUUACCAAGAUAUGGCACAAAGAUGUACAACUGUAUGUGUCGAGGUCAUAAAGUCCCAACAUAAAUAUGUGAUCGGGCACCGGGGAAGCACAAUUGCUGAAAUCCUACAGUUGACUGGUGUCAGUGUAGAAAUGCCAGCAUUGGAUUCUGCCACAGGAACUAUCACUCUCCGUGGUCCCCAGGAGAAACUAGGUCUUGCGUUACAUAAAGUCUAUGAGAAGGCCAAUAGCGUUCGUAGCUUGACAGUGGAAGCUCCUACGUGGAUUCACAAAUACAUUAUCGGCCGAAAAGGUGCUAACAUAAAAAAAAUAACUCAAGAUUUGAGCAACAUCCAUGUAGAAUUUACCGAUUCAGAAGAUAAAAUCAAGAUCGAAGGUCCACCCGAGGAAGUAGAAAAGGUUCAAGCGGAAUUGCAAGAUAUGGUUAAUGAUCUUAUUGACAAACUUACUUUCGCGGAGCUCAAUGUAGAUCCUAAAUUCUACAAACAUAUUAUUGGAAAGAAUGGCACGAAUGUAAAUCGUUUGAACGAGGAAACUGGGGUAAUAAUAAACAUAUCUGAAAAUGAAGGUAAAAAUCGUAUCCGCAUAGAAGGAAAUCAUGCUGGUGUAGAAAAAGCUAAGAAGGAACUGAUGGAAAUGGUUGAAAAACUAGAAAAUGAAAUGGAGAAGGAUGUAAUAAUUGAUCAUCGUCACUAUCGUAGCAUUAUUGGUACCAAGGGGGAUAACAUCAAAGAAAUCAGAGACAAAUUCAACCAAGUCCAAAUAACUAUUCCAGGGCUAGGUGAAAAACGAGAUGUGGUGAAAAUUCGAGGGCCAAAAGAAGAUGUAGAUAAAUGUCAGAAGUACCUUAUGAAUUUGGUUAAUGAGCUUAAUGAGAAUAGUUUUGUUAUGGAAGUGCCGAUAUACAAACAAUUCCACAAAUUUGUUAUCGGCAAAGGUGGUGCUAAUAUUCGCAAGAUUAGAGAGGAAACUCAAACGAAGAUUGAUCUGCCAGCCGAAGGAGAAAAGAGUGACGUGAUUACCAUCACUGGAAAGAAGGAAAACGUUAAGGAAGCCAAGGAGAAAAUUCAAAAGAUUCAGAAUGAACUGGCAAACAUAGUUUCCGAUGAAAUUGUUAUACCUCCCAAAUUUUACAAUUCACUUAUCGGAACUGGAGGAAAAUUGAUUCAUUCCAUAAUGGAAGAUUGCGGAGGUGUUGCCAUCAAAUUUCCGACCGCUGAGAGUCAGAGUGAUAAAGUUAGCAUCAGGGGUCCAAAAGAUGACGUGGAAAAGGCUAAACAACAGCUUCUCGAGUUAUCCAAUGAAAAACUUCUCUCUAGUUUUUCUGCAGAAGUUCGCGCUAAGGCGCAACAUCACAAAUUUCUUAUAGGAAAGAAUGGUGCCAAUAUUAAGAAGAUUAGGGACUCUACCGGAGUUCGAAUUAUUUUCCCAACGGAAGAAGACGAGGAUAAAGAAGUAAUAACGAUAAUAGGCAAGCAAGAUGCCGUCGACAAAGCUAAAGCGGAGCUUGAAACUACCAUUAAGGAAAUAGACAACAUCACGGAGAGUGAUAUUAGUAUUGAACCAAAACAUCACAGACAUUUUGUGGCACGUCGAGGAGAAGUACUGCAUCGGAUUUCAGAGGAAUGUGGCGGAGUUCAAAUCUCAUUUCCGCGUGCCGGUGUUGAUAGCGAUCGUGUUGUCAUUAAGGGAGCACUAGAAUGUAUAAAAGCUGCCAAGCAACGCAUGUUAGAAACCGUUCAGGAAUUGGAAUCCAUGGUAACCAUUGAGUGUGUAAUUCCACAAAGACAUCAUCGCACAGUUAUGGGUGCUAGGGGCUGCAAAGUCCAAGGUAUCACUGCUGAAUUUGAAGUGCUAAUCAAAUUCCCGGAUCGUGUUGUACAGGAGGAGCCGCGUUCCGACGAACAAGUUAAUGGUGAAGAAACAGAGGCGCCUGAUACAGUGCCAGCUUGUGAUAUAAUCAAAAUCACUGGUCAGCCAGAUAAGGCUGAGGCAGCUAAACAGGCUUUAUUGAGUUUUGUGCCAGUAACUAUUGAGGUUGAUGUUCCUUUCGACCUGCAUCGUUCAAUCAUUGGGCAGCGAGGUCGUGAGGUUAAGGAGCUAAUGGAAAAAUACGAUGUACAUAUCAUACUUUCGCCAACUGACCAGAAACUAGAUUAUAUCAAGAUUUCUGGAACACCUCGGUGUGUAGAAGAAGCGAAGGAAGCCAUUCUAGAAAAAUGCAAAAAUCUUGAGGCUCAGCGACAAGACAGAGCAUUAAAGUCCUUCGAACUAAAGAUCGAAGUGGAUCCAGAGUAUCAUCCUAAAAUCAUAGGCCGUUCAGGUGCUGUGAUAAAAAAAAUAAGAUCUGACAACGAAGUCCAAAUAAUUUUCCCACGCAUAGGAGACCCUGAACAACACAUCAUUACCAUUACCGGAUAUGAAAAGAAUGCUCACGAUGCUCGCGAUGAUAUAAUGAAAAUAGUUAAUCAACUGAACGACCUAUCGAAGGAAGAAGUGCCUAUCAAGGCAGCUGUACAUUCACGCCUAAUCGGAACAAAGGGAAGAAACAUUCGUAGAAUCAUGGAUGAAUUCAAAGUAGACAUCAAAUUUCCACGUAGUACUGACCCCGAUCCUAACAUCGUAACGAUUAUGGGCACCGAGGACAACAUAAUCGAAGCUAGGGAAUAUCUUCUCAAUCUAGAAGAAGAAUAUCUCCAAGAUGUGACCGAAAAUGAAAUCCGCAACACUUUCCGUCCACAGUCUCAGAGAGAUUUAGGUAAUGGAGGAUUAGGUGGCGCCGAUGGUGACUCUGGUUUUGUAGUGAAAGGAGGACCGUGGGAGCAACAGCAAAGAGAGGCUCCGAAUACCGCGAGCGUUACGGAGUUUCCUUCAUUUGGUGGAUCCGCUCCUGUGCCUACGUCCACCCCGGCUGGUCCUUGGGGAUCUAAACGUUAAAUAAUCAAUAUCGCUCGAUUAAUAAGGUAUGAUGUAAGGUAACUUUCCUCUGACAAACGAUAACCGAUAAGGGUAACACUGCUGCUGGGUGAUUUCCCUUUUACAUUACUGAUGCUGCUGCAUACGACCUGGCCACUCUCUUGGACUUUGACACUGGUUUACUACACAAUGUACGACGACAAUGUUUAUAUUUACAGUUUAAACUGACGUAUAUGUAUCUGUAACUGCAACGCAUAAUAUGUACCGAGAUGAAAAACAUUAUUCAUAGUCAGUGUUAUGUUUGAAAUGAGAUGAAAAGUUUUAUCCAUCUUUCUUGUUUGCAUAUUUUUUUUCGGCGUAUUUCGAUAUGCCUUCCGGGUACAGAUACAUUGUACUUAAGACUGUGGCUUCAUAUAGGAAAUAAUUUUGCGUAUUGUAUAUUCUUCAGAUUGUUGCCUCUAUCUAUGGGCGAAGACCCAAAGGCUAAUUGUUGUUUUUUUUUCUCUUUUCUUUAGCCAAGCAUAAUAUUCUCUUUAUUUGUAUUUAUAAUUUUUGUACAUAAAAAUUCCAAUGUUUUUUUUUCUUAAUUUUUUUUUGUGUUGAACAUAAUUGAAUUCGGCUAAAAAGCCAUGCAUUGAUAUUAAUUAACUGUUUACUGAAAAAAACAAUCAUGCAAAUCUUCUGAAGUGAUAAUGUAUUAGGUCAGUUUAAAGAACAUGUUCCUAUACAAUAUACUGAAAAUCUACUGUAGCAAACUUAGCGAUAAUAUAUUGCUUCAAUGCAGCACAGGUUUUUUUUUUUUGUUUUUUUUCUUUUCAAUUUUUGAUUGCUUGCUUUUCAGAAUUUAAAAGUUAAUAUUAUUGACAUAAUACGCUUAGUUAACAAAGGUAGUUGUUAGCACGAGGUAUCAAGAUUUUAAGUAUAUAUAAAUAAUUAAAUGAAUUUUUAAAAAUAAAUUACCUAUCCUAACAUAAUUAAUGAUGAUUGAAAAAAGGCAUAACCGUAACUGCAUAUCCUGUAUCGUCCACUUAAGUAACUCUUAUGAUUCUAUAAUUUUAUGAAAAGCAAGGAUUGAUGUAAUACGAAUUACUUAAAAAUAUGGAGAGUGCUUGGGAACAUUAUCUUUACAAGACCUGCUAAUUUAGUACUUUACAACAUAACCAGAAGAAAUGAAGAAAAAGAAAUGUAGAAAAUUAUUUAACUCUGGUGUUGUUUAUAAACAAAUAUGUUAUAAGUAAUACUCCACAUUCGAAUAGGUAUACGAUACUAUUCAGCGAGCGAAUUUUAUUUAUUCCUGUUUUAUUUUACAAUUUUGGUAUAUGAUAUGCAAAAACCAUGCAUACUGAUUUGUGAGGCCAACUAGUUAAGAAAAACUAUUCGGUUCAAGUGCCUUGUCUACCUUUCUUCAAGACAGCUCAUUUCAAUUGUUGGAGGAAUGUGAAUAUUAGGUUUAUGUAUAUGAUAUUGAUAAUAAUUACAUGAUUAUGUAUAACCAGAUAAUUAAACACUGCUGGUAAGUCAACAGCUAGUAAUCAUUGAUUAAAUGAUUACUGAAGUACGUACACAGAAAUUCACUUAUAUUUUUUAGAUUUACAGCAAUUUUUAUAAAUAUACCCACUUGGAAUUACCAAUGCACGUUUUAUCAAAUGCAAAAAUAUAUAUUAUAAAUACUAUAAUAAGCCGCAAUCAAUGAAUUUAAAAGAAUUUAAUUUUGGCCGACAAUUUAAUAGAAAGCUAAGCAUGAAAAUGAAUUUUUCUAAUGAGUAAUGGAUAACGAUAUGUAAUUAUCAGAUAAUACCUACACACACACACGCGCGCGCGAAAACAUAUAUAUAUAUACAUAUAUAUACAAACAUAUUUACAUAAGUGAGUGAUGUCAUUGAACAUGAGUUCUAUCAUAAUAAUAUAUCAUUUAAAAAUUUA